UAACACUCAGAAGCUUCUCCUUUUUUUUUUUCUUUCGCUUUAAUUUUUUUCCCUGAAUGAGGACAGUGAGAGAAUCUCUCAGAUCUCCCGAUUCCAUCAUCCCAUAAUCUUCUUCCAUUGUUGUUCUUCAAUUUCAGCAAUGAGGUUGUGGUCGCUGCUUGAAUUUCUGCUUUGAAGCGGUUUCCGGCGGGAGUUUUCCGGAGAUAGGCGGAGAUGUUUAAGUCGGCGAGAUGGAGGAGUGAGAAGAAUAAGGUUAAGGCGGAAUUUAAGUUGCAGUUUUAUGUUACUCAGGUUUCACAGUCAGUGGUGGAUGCACUGACGUUAUCCGUGGUUCCUGGAGAUGUGGGAAAGCCAACUGCAAGACUGGAUAAAGUCACAGUUACUGAUGGGAGUUGCAAAUGGGAAACUCCAGUUUAUGAAACAGUCAAGUUCGUGCGGGACACAAAAUCUGGGAAAAUCAAUGAGAAAACCUAUUACUUCCUCGUCUCAAUGGGACGAGCAAAAUCAAGGGUUCUUGGGGAGGUUUCUAUCAACUUAGCUGAUUAUGCAGAUGCCACGAAAUCUUCUUCUGUUUCUCUUCCCCUAAAGAAUUCCAAUUCUGAUGUGGUUUUGCAUGUUUUGAUACAGAAGCUGCAGGCUAAAAUUGAGCCAAGAGAGGGGGAAGAUUUUGACAAUGUCAGCAUUGGAUCUCAGGAAACGAGCUUGAAAUCAUACUUGAGCAAUGGUGAAGUAGAUGAAAGCAUUAAAAGCAAUUGUACUGAAGACGAGCAGAUUAGCAAGAGCCCUCAUGAUUUUGAACUAAAUGGUGACUGUAGAGAAUCAAGUGGAUCUGAUAUUACAUUGUCAAGUUCUGAGAGCAGCUCUGGAUUUGAUACUCCACGAGAACAUCAACCUGUUAGUUUAUCAUCACUUCCUCGCACACCAGUGACAUCCCUUUCAACAACCACUAACAAGCAGAAUCAAAGAUCACAAUCAAUAUGGCCCCUUGGUUCCGAUCAUGGAGUAAGCAUAGAUGAAUCAUCAGAUGACAUGCCUCCCUUAGAUAGUUCUGGACCAGUAAUGCGGUCUGAAGAAAGAGUUGUAAAUAUUGAGAUUGAAAAGCUCAAGGCUGAGCUUGUUGGCUUUUCCAGGCAGGCAGAAGUUUCAGAAUUGGAAUUGCAGACACUUCGAAAGCAAAUUGUCAAAGAAAGUAAAAGGGGUCAUGAUCUGUCUAAAGAAGUUGUCAUUUUGAAAGAGGAGAGAGAUUCACUCAGGGAGGAAUGCGAGAAACUCAAAUCCAAAUCCAAAAAUAAAAUGGAGUUGGAGGGUAAGAAAAUAGAGGCUCUUCUGGAAGAAACGAAGGAAGAACUAAACCAGGAAAAGGAAUUAAAUGCCAACAUUCGCCUACAACUCCAGAAGACCCAGAAAGCUAAUGAUGAGUUGAUUCUUGCGAUGCGAGACCUAGAGGAAAUGUUAGAGCAGAAAAAUGGUGCAAGAGUCCGUCUCUAUGACAGAUCAAGAUUUUCUGAGAAUGCUGAAGAGUUCUAUAAUACCAUCUCCAAGUGUGAAUCUGAGAACGAUGAGGAGCAGAAGGCAUUGGAAAAUCUUGUUAAGCAGCAUAGUGAUGCAAAUGAAACAUAUCUUCUGGAACAAAAGGUUGUUGACCUAUAUAGUGAAGUAGAAUUCUACAAGAGAGAGAAGGAUGAAUUAGAAAUGAUUAUGGAACAACUAGCACUUGACUAUGAAAUACUGAAACAGGAAAAUCAUGGCAUGUCAUAUAAACUGGAGCAAUGUGAACUGCAGGAGAAACUUGACAUGAAAGAAGAAUGUACGCCCUCAGCAACCAUAGUAGAGAUGGAAACACACAUAGAACACUUGGAUAGGGAACUUAAGCAGCGGUCAAAAGAAUUCUCUGAUUCUUUGAGCACCAUAAAAGAACUUGAAGCCCAUAUCCAGGCCUUGGAGGAAGAGCUGGAGCAGCAAGCUGAAAAUUUUGUAGCUGAUCUAGAAGAUAUCACAUGUGCUAAAAUUAAGCAGGAGCAAAGAGCCAUCCUAGCAGAGGAGGACUUGAGGAAGACAAGGUCGAGAAAUGCUAGUACAGCAAAAAGGCUUCAAGAAGAACUCAAACGGGUUUCUUUGCAGAUAGUCUCGACAUUUGAUGCAAAUGAGAAGGUAGCUGCUAAAGCAGUGGCAGAAUCUAUCGAGCUGCAACUGCAGAAGAUUCAAUUAGAUGAAAAACUUGUGUCUACUAAUAAAGAGCUUCAAUCAGUUAAGGAGGAGUCUGACGCUAAGCUCCGUGAACUCUCAAACCUGGUAGAUUUGCAAACAAGACAGAUCGAACAGAUGUUUUUAGAACUUCAUACAAAAUCUAAGCUGCUUGAUCGACAGGAGGUUCAAAAAGAAGUUUGUGAAUCUCUCUCGAGAGAGAUUUUGUUACUCAAGUAUGAAAUUGAAAGGCUCACAAGAGAAAAUAGCUCUCUCAAGGAAAGAGAGAGCUUGAACCAGAUCAAAAACAUGGAAAGAAAUGAACUGGUAACAACCAUCGCUUUGAUUAUGAAAGAAGGCGAAAAGUUUCAAAACGAGUUAAAUAGAAGAAGGCAUCAGAAUGUUGAAUAUGAGAUAUCAAUGGGAUGUCUACAAACAGAGUUGGAGGUGCUUAGAGAUCACUGCAGUGACUUAAAACAUUCUUUGGUCGAAGGGGAGAUAGAGAAAGAUAAACUUAGACAUCAGGUCUUUCAGCUAAAUGAUGACCUGAAGAAGGUGAAAGAAUUCAAUGGUGUUGACAUGCUCUGGUACAGCGAUGAACACACAGCAGCCUGUGAUGUUGUUGAAGCUUUUACAGAAAGCACUAAGUCCACUUCUUCGGAAAGUAACCCAAAGGAGGUCGCUGCUCUAAAGGGGAAAAUUGAGUUGCUUGAGAGAAAGAUAAGUUUGAAAGAAGACGCCAUAGAAACUCUAGCUAGUAAAAUUUCCGAAAAGGUGAUGGAUUUUCAGCUCACAAUUGAAGAGUUAGAAAGCAAAUUGGAAGAAGUUGUUCCUAUUAGCAAAAUUCAAGAGGCAAAUAACCAAGGUCAAAGCAAAAACACUUCAUCAUCCAUUGAAUAUGGAAAUGGCGUGUCAGUUGGGAGGAAUGAUAUAAUUUCAUCAGAGACCGACAAACUUGACGACAGUGACAACAAUUGUGACAAAUUUUCGACAGAAUUAGCAGUAUUAAGGGAAAGAAACAAAUCAAUGGAGAGUGAACUAAAGGAAAUGCAAGAGAGAUAUUCAGAGAUAAGUCUCAAGUUUGCAGAGGUAGAAGCAGGAAGUUGCAGUUGGCAGAAUUGAAGCCUUUGGACAUUGUCAGAUAAAUGCAGUGUAGAAGAUUUCAUGAGUGAGCUUUACAGGUAUACAAAAUGAAUUAAAUUACAUACUUUUCAAUGGCUGCUCUAAUUCUCUUGAAAGAAUUGAAGGGGGAAAAUACAGGAAAAGAUGCUGCAGGUAGAGUUGGUCAAGUAGCCGGUUAAUUUGGGUCCACUUUGCAAGUUUGGCUGCUGAAUUGUUCCAGGUCUGUUUGUGAUGAUUAUCAUUUGGUGGAAUAUUGAAUUUUACGCGAACAUGGAAAUUCAACGAAUAUGAGGUAAGGAAUCGAACUUAAUGAAUCAUUACUCAUAAUGUAUGCUAAUAGAACUAUUUUUAAUUUGAAACGUCGAUUUUAAGUGUGAAACAACGUAAUGUUGAACAUAACCAAACAUUUUUUUAUAAUUUAAUCGAGAUAAAGUUAUAUAGUUUAUAUAAAGUAUCUCGUUAAAGGUCUCAGAUAAUGACCUAAUUUCUAUAACAUAAUUAGCUUGGAAAUGCUAAUGUCACUUUAUGCACGAUAGGAAGGCCUUUCAACAUAAGGUGUAUAUCACUUUCAUACGCAUAAUUUCAUAUACAAUACUUUUGUA